UACAUAUACACACACGCACGCGCCUGCGCGUAGGGGCCCAGGUAUGUAUGGGGAAUUCACAUCAGGUCCCGGCAGCAACGGACCCCAGAACGGUGGAGCACACUGUCAGGUUUGGCGCCAGAUGGAGCCAGGUUGGGCCACUCCCCUAAGACGAGAGCCACGUGACAACAACCGACCAAUCAGAAGCAGAGCUCCUACCCGGGCCCGCCUACCGUCCUCACUCCUUCAGCUGGCGCUGUAGCUAGAUGGUGUCUUAGGACAACGAUCUUGUGUCUCUGAGAGAGAAUCUGACAUGAUGGUCACCCCAUCGUCCAAGGAGAAGGCACAGAAGCAACAGCAGGGUGAGAUGACCGCAGGGCCCAAGAACGAGAUCACCCCUGCCCCUGGUGAUGCCCGUGGGACCGGCAACCCCAGUCCCGGUGCCUCGGCCCCCUCAGUCUCCAGUGACCUGUCUCCAUUGGGUGGUGGCGCUCCACACGGUGUUCCUGGCUGCCUUGGGCGCCAUUUUGAGCACCGGAGAGGAUCUGGGGCUGCCCCCCGCGACCGCGGUCCCCACGCAGAGCUGAGGCGUGUGGUGCCCCAAACGGGCCAGGGUCCUCGGGCCAGGGUCUCCAGACCUCAUAUGCGUGUGGCGUGGCCACCAUGGGGCGAGCCACGUGGGGCUCUGGCCAGGCCGGCGGGCCCCGACCCAGACCGCGAACCCAGUGAACUGCUGUGGGAGGGAGCAGCCCGGCUGGGAAGAGGCUGCCCAGGCUCAGAAGGCUCCGCGGCGCCGCUGUUUCCUGGGCUUCCCAAGCCUCAGUGCCCAGUAUCCUUGUCUCCAUUUUCUCCAGGGUCUCAGCCUAGCGGUCGCCGCCGUUCUCGGGUUUCUUCGUGGGGUCACGAAUCCCGGCCAGGUCCUGCCCUCCGGAGUCAGGCCAGAGCAGCAGGUCCAGCUCUCCGCAGUCAAGCAGCCAGGCCUGGCCCUGCAGUCUUCAAUGGUGAUGCCCCACCGCCAGGCCCCGCCUUCCGCAACCAUGCUUCUGGGUUGGGCGCUGCUUUUUGCAGCCUUUCAUCUGCCCCAGGCCCUGCCCUGCGAGGUGGUGCUUCUGUGCCAGGCCGCGCUCUCCCGCGUCGUCAUUCAUCCACGUCAGGUCCUGCUUUCCGCCGCCGUGCAUCAGAGCCAGGCCCUGCUGCCCCAAGGCACCGCGCGCCGGCGACCGGUCCGGCUCCCCGCCGCCGCGCGUCCGCGACCGGGCCGGCUCCCCGCCGCCGCGCGCCCGCGACCGGGCCGGCUCCCCGCCGCCGCGCGUCCGCGCGGGUUCCUGCUCACAGUCGCCGCGCGUCCGCGCAGGUUCCUGCUCACAGCCGCCGUGUCUCCGCGCGGGGCCCUGCCCCAACACCUGCUUCCCGUGGCCGUGCAUCUAGGCCAGGCCCUGCUCUCCGCAGCCCUGCAUCCGGGUCAGGCCCUGCCCUCCGAAGCAGAGCCAACCCGCUAGGCCCUGCCCUCCACAAUGGCUGUACACCUCCAGGCUACGUCCUCCGGAGCCACCCCACCCAGACGUCAUACCCUAGAAGCCGUCCCUCUCUGCCUGUGCCUACCGGCCUGAGUCCUUCUCCUGGGUUGGCCUCACAAGAAUUUGUGAGCAACUCAAGCUCUCCUAAUCCUGAGGUUCCAAGCCUUGAUACCCAGCCCCGUUGGCAUGCAGUCCGUAUGCGGGCCUCCUCUCCCUCACCUCCUGGUAGGCUCUUCCCUUUCUAUGGGCCGAGUGAUGAGGGCUCCUCCUCUUCCUCCUUCCCCUCCUCCGGGUCUCCUGGCCAGAGCUGCUGCUCCACCUCCACCUUCUCCUUCUCCUCCCUCUUCUCCUUCUCUUCCCCUUCUUCCUCCUCCUCUUCUUAUUCCUCUUCUUCCUCCUCCUCCUCCAAUGAUUUUUCUGACCAGUGUCCCUCUUCCCCAAAGUUUUGUGGCUUGGGCUCCAUCUCCACUCCUAGUCCUGCAAGCCUCAGGCGUGCCUUACUGCCAGAGUUUGAAGCCCUGAGCCCUGUCUCUUCAGGACAGCAGGUUGAAAUAGGGAGCGUGCCUUCUCCCACUACACCCCCUGGGGUGUGAGCUACCAUGAGUAUAUUCCUAAAACCACAAAAGGAAUUAGCAUGCACCCACUGACCUGAAGGGAGUGCCUGCUCUGCAGUUUCCUUUGAGGUUUAUGAGUGUUCUAGCUAUUAACCAACAUUAUGAGAAAUUUUGUUGCUGUUUGCUGAGUAGUUUUGAAGCCUCUCCUUCCCAUAACUGCACUACCUAGCAUUUAUCUGCUUUUGGCCCUUGAUUUCAGGCCUGCUUUUUCCUCAUAAAGGCCUGCCUUUGCCCCUGAGUUGAGAUUGCCCUUUUCCAAGUUCCCUUUAUAGAAUUACAUUUUUGAAUGAAUACAAUAAAAAUGUUUGACUUCA